UUCCCUUACUUGGACAUCUUGACUUUGAGGUUUGACUGAAUAAAUUUCUCCUGGACUUUUGAAUUAUUAAUCUUGGCUGCAUGAUAUGCAAAUUAGACUGCACUAAGUAUGGCCAGCAGCACAGCACUGGGUCAGAAGCUGCAUCAAGUUGCUGGCAAAGAAUUUCUUUCAAGGGAUCGGGGCCUUCCGACAGAAUGGCAUGGAAUGCAACUUGCAAAAACUGGGAGGCAGCAGAGACUGCCCUGCACAAGUACUACCUUCCCAUUUUUUAUGGGAUUGAGUUCAUAGUGGGAGUCUUUGGGAAUACUGCUGUUGUUUUUGGCUACCUCUCCUGUCUGAAGAACUGGACCAGCAGUAACAUCUAUCUCUUUAACCUCUCAAUCUCUGACUUGGCUUUCUUGUGUACCCUUCCCAUGCUGAUGAGAUAUUAUGCCCUCGGAAAAUGGACAUAUGGGUACGUGCUGUGCAUAAGCAACCGAUACAUGCUUCAUGCCAACCUCUACACCAGCAUUCUUUUCCUCACUUUUAUCAGCAUUGAUCGAUACCUGCUCAUGAAGUAUCCUUUCCGGGAACACCUCCUGCAAAGGAAAGAGUCUGCAGUUAUACUCUCUUUGGCCAUUUGGGGUUUGGUAACCUUAGAGCUCAUGCCCAUGCUUCCUCUUUUAAAUCCUGAUACAGCUGAGAAUGGCACCAACUGUAUUGAUUAUGCAAGUUCCGGGGACCCCAAGUACAGCCUCAUUUAUGGCAUGUGUCUAACCUUCUUAGGGUUUCUCAUUCCUCUGUUUGUGAUGUGCUUCUUUUAUUUCAAGAUUGCUCUUUUCCUAAAGCAGAGGAGCAGGCAGCUUGCUACUGCUUUGCCCCUUGAAAAGCCUCUCAACUUAGUCAUCAUGGCAGUUGUGAUCUUCUCCGUGCUUUUUACUCCCUACCACGUCAUGCGGAACCUGAGGAUCGCUUCAUACCAGGGGAUCUGGAUGCAGUCCCCGUGCACUCAGGUCAUCAUCAACUCCUUGUACAUCAUGACUCGGCCUUUGGCCUUCCUGAACAGUGUCAUCAACCCUGUCUUCUAUUUCCUCAUGGGAGAUCACUUCAGGGAGAUGUUGAUGAACAAACUGAGGCACCACUUCAGGUUCCUUACUUUCUUUAGAAGAUGGGCUCACGGACUAACGUUUUUGUUCAGGGAAAAGUGAGGUGCUUGUGUAGCAGAUCGUUUUACACAGGCAUCUGUAAGCCAGUCAGAGUGUGAUUUAACUCAUAGAUGUAAAUUAGGGAAGGUCACAGACCUGACCCUGUUUUAAAGCCAUGUUGUACCCAGGGAGUGUGAAGAGAAGAGGAUGGGAAGUAUUUACUGGUUUUUUGACCUGAAAGUUGAAAGGAGUUGUACUCUCACUGUCUAAUGUUUGAGCACGUAAGUCCAAAAUUCUAAGUGUUAGAAGACCUUCUCAAUCAGUGCAAAAGGAAUAGAAAAUAGAUAAAGCAGAAAUUUGUCUGCAUUUAAUUAUUGGUAUGAUUGUCAAAAAAAAAAUUGUUGGCAACAUUCCAUACAUUAUUUUUAUUCAUACAAUCGUAUAGCUUUAUGUGAGAACCAAAUAACAGAAGAUUAGACAUAUGCUAUUAAAUAUUGUUAGAAGUUGUGCUCUUGAGCAAAUUUAGGGUAAACAGUAACAACGAUGAACAGAAAGCAAUAAAACAAGUUCAAAGAUGCUUAUAUGAUACUUCUUUAUAUUGAUCAUAAAUUGAGGUCAAGUUGUAAUUUUAAGACCCUUUUUGUUGCAUGGUUUUUCAUGCAAAGAGUCAUAUUAAAUAGAACCUAAAUAAAAUGUUUAAUGAAGAGAGAGACAUGUUUGAGCUUGGCUCUCAGGGAACUUAUGUGUAAGAGAUAUUUUAAAAGUAUGAGAGAGAGAUAUGAAGGAUAGCUACAAAAAUUCCAAAGUUAUCGAACACAAAGCACCUACCAGGAACCCAGAACAGGACUAAACGAAAGUGAAUGCACUGUUUUUAUGAUGAGUGUGCCAUCUGGCAUUUUAUGAUCACAAUUUGAUUGUCAGUGCAUGGAAACAUAUUAAGUUCAUUAGUCUUGCUACUCUUGAUUAAAUAGUAAAAUUUAAAAUAUAUUAAUAUCAUAAAAUCCGCAACUAAGAGGAAUGAAGUGGUAAUAUCAAAAUGUAUUGGGUUAAUUAUUCUUUUUUCCCUUUUGGAGGGAAAAUCACAGUUUUUCUACCCAUACACACUUUUUUUUUUUUUUUUUUUUUUUGGUAAGCAGUGGGAUGAUUUACAAGAAAAGCUUUAUCUUGAGAGAGUGACUCACAUCUAGAAUGAGCCUUAUUUUCAUAGACCAUUGAAGGAAAUGUUCUAAACAAAAUGCCCUUUAUGAGUUUGCAGAGUAUAAGGAACAGUUAUGUGCAUGUCAGUAUAGAUUGUCCCAGAAGGGUUACCCAUGCCACAGAACAAGUUUAGGGGAACAAAAAGAGUGCUGCAUUAGUUUUUUUAAGUCAAAAAGUAUCACAUGAUAAUUCAUUUAUUACAUGCAAAAAGUGUGUACAUGUCCACAUGUCUACUCUCCUUUCCUUGAGUCACUGGCUGUAAUGUGAACGAUAAAAUGAACAUGAGAGCGAAGGCAUAAAAUUCAUUGUCCUUCCUGUUUUGAGGUACUCUAGUAACAUUGUUUUCUGACAUUCUAAAAACCCAAAAUGUUCCCACUGAAAUAUUAUAAGAACACAUUACCCACAGAGGAUUUAUUUUCUUACCUAACAUUAGGGUUUAAGAUUUUUUUUUCAUGCUUUACCUUUAUUAUCAAUAUUUUAAAAAUUUCAAUGUAAUUUUAUAAUUGCCUGAUAAUAAGCUGAAAACAGAAUCUGAAUUUUUUCACCAGAAAAGUCCACAAAAACAGUCUUAGAAAAGAAGUAUUUGGUCAUUUCUGCAACUUAGCAACAUAUAAUUUAAUUGUAACUUAUAUUUUAUGCAUUGGUUUCAAUUUGUAAAGAUGAAAUUAGAUUUGCCUCACCCUUAUCCCAAGUUGAGGCAGGGGUAGACUCUUUCUAAUAGUACAGUAAAAUAGCUUAUUAAACUAUAAAUGCUUACAUGUGUCUUUUAACCAAAAUCUUAAAUAAUUUUAUAGCACGUUUCUUGAUUUUUUUUUUUUUUUUUUUUUUUUUGCUCAAAUCUGUCAUGUGGAGACUUAAUCCUUAAUGGACUAAAGAGACCUGCACUGCAAUUACAAGCGCUAUUCUGUUUGCUGUUUGUACUAGGUGGUUGUAAAAAUCACAAACAAUAAAUAAUGGAAAUCUUUCCUGGAUUGGUUUUCAAAGGAAAUAUUAUUAGGCUUUUGUAUAUGUCUUUUAUUGGUUCCCUAGUGUCUUCAGAAUCAAGUCUAAACCUCUUGGUCCAGCAUUUGGCAAUCUGGACCCACCUAUUCUUUAUCAGUUCUCUCUUGCUGCUGUUGUCACAGAUUAUACCCUCCAGCCAAAGACAGCUAUUUCAUUUCAUUCUAUUCAAAAGUUUCUUCAUUAGGUACACUGGGAUGCUCACCCUUGUUUUAUUAUGCCUACGUAUAAAAAAAUCUAAGCAUCUUUUAAGGUCCAUCUCAUCUAUCACUCCAUCUUAAAGUCUUUCUUAUACAUCUUCUCCCAAAAUCUGGAAAUAAAUCCAUCUAUCUCUG